AUGCGUCUUGAUGUCUCACUUACUGUAGAAUUGGGCCUUUGUUCUCGAGGAUCAGAGACACCUCAUCCCACACUUCUCCAGUUCGGAGAAGCAAGCCCAAAUUACGGAAAGCAUUGGACCCCACAACAGAUUGCAGAAACCUUCGCCCCAUCCUCAGAAACCAUCCGUGAAGUGACUACAUGGCUGUUAGCAAGCGGAAAUACAGAGGGGCAUAUCUCGUUAUCUGAAGGCUCGGCAUGGAUUCGUGUCAAUGCAACAGUUGAACAGACUGAGUCUCUCCUCCAUACAAAGUAUAAGGCAUUCGAGCACACUGAAUCUGGAAAGCGAACGCUGGCAUGCGACGAGUACAGUGUUCCCCAAGCCCUCAGGCAUCAUAUCGAUAUCAUCACACCAACCGUUCACUUCGCUUUGAAGACGAAUGGAAAAGAAAAGAGAGAUCGUGUUGGAGCAGUUGGGCCUACAACGCAAGUUCAGUGGCGACCAAUGGCUAUUCAACCUGCUGCUGGAGUCACUGAGGUAAGUUUCAACUACUCGAUUUGUGCGAGCAUUGUGUAUCCUCAGUGCUUGAGGGCACUUUACAAAAUGCCAGUUGGGACCAUGGACAAGUCAUCGUUUGCAGUUGUUGAAUACACUCCCUAUGCCUACAGUCAAACUGAUUUGGAUUUGUUCUGGGAUUUUGCCACUGGCAACGCUGUACCUAAGGGUACUCAGCCAAGCGUAAAACUCAUUGAUGGUGCUGUGAUAGAUCAAGUGAAUCUACCCAUUGACUAUUAUGUAGAGCCUAACCUUGACCUUGAGGUUGCUAUCCCCCUCGUAUACCCUCAGAAGGUAAACUUAUAUCAAGUGGGGGAUAACUACAUGGGAGCUUCAUUUGGAGAUUUCCUUGAUGCGAUUGAUGGCUCCUAUUGCACGUAUGCUGGAGGAGAUUCUCCUAUCUACGAUGGGACAUACCCAGAUCCAGAUCCUAGAGGUUACCAGCACAAGAAAGCUUGUGGAACUGUGAAGCCAGCUUCAGUGAUCAGCACUUCAUAUGGCUACAACGAAGCUGACCUCUCGCCUGCAUAUGAGAUGAGACAGUGCAAUGAAUACUUGAAGCUCGGUCUGCAAGGUGUGACGAUGUUGUUUUCCAGUGGUGAUUCGGGAGUUGCCGGAAAUGGAGGCCAAUGCUGCACCUCGCCUCAAUGCAAGGAUGGAGUAUAUAAUGAUGGAAAAUCCGGUGCUUUCAAUCCCAGUUUCCCUUCCACUUGCCCAUAUGUUACUUCUGUUGGCGCAACACAAAUUGCACCAGGUGCACCCAUUACUGCCCCCGAAACAGCCGCCGAGAAGGUCUUCUGGUCUGGUGGCGGAUUUAGCAACGUGUUUUCAGCCCCAUCCUACCAAACUUCAGCCUUAAAGUACUACUUCAGCCACAACAGUCCCGAUUACACAUCUCGCCAGUACAACAACACACAACACGCUCGGGGGUUCCCCGAUAUCUCCGCCAAUGGAUUUCAAUUUCCUUGCAGUCUUAAAGGCUCAUUCUAUUACUGCUAUGGCACAUCUAUGUCAACCCCAGUCGUAGGCUCGCUGAUCACAUUGAUCAACGAGGAGAGGAUCAAGAAAGGGAAGGGAUCCGUGGGAUUUUUGAAUCCAGUGCUGUAUGCCAAUGCAGGGGCCAUGAAUGAUAUAAAGGUUGGGGGAAAUAGAGGUUGCGGGACGAGCGGAUUCAGGUCCGUGACAGGAUGGGAUCCAGUCACGGGGUUAGGGACGCCGGAUUAUGAGAAGUUGUUGAAGGUUUUCAUGGCAUUGCCUUGA